GAAGAAGAAGACGGGCCGGGGGGACUGUGAGACUAAAAACCCGGCGGGGAGAAACGGUGUGACAUCAUUGGCAGCCUCAUCUUGGAUCUAGCAUGGCCUUCAGCAAAGGAUAUCGCAUCUACCACAAGUUGGACCCGCCCCCGUACAGCGUCAUCGUGGAAACCAGGAACAGAGAUGAAUGCCUCAUGUUCGAGUCGGGCGCCGUCGCCGUGCUAUCGGCAGCAGAGAAGGACGCCAUUAAGAACACCUACACCAAGAUGAUGGACGCCUAUGGGAUUCUGGGAGUUCUUCGCCUCAACCUGGGUGAUUCCAUGCUCCACAGCUUGGUGGUAGCAGCAGGCUGUAGCUCCGUAGGGAAGGUGCAAGACUCUGAGGUGUUCCGGGUCACGUCUACAGAGUUUGUUUCUCUGAAGAACGACCCGAGUGACGAGGACCGCAUCGCUGAUGUCAGGAAAGUCCUGAACUCUGGGAACUUUUAUUUCGCUUGGUCCUCUAGCGGCAUCAGCAUGGACCUCAGCCUCAACCCCGGUGGCUACUUCGUAGAGACUGACAGGUAG